UGGACACUACAGUUGCGUUUAUUCUAAUAACUGUGAAACUUUUGUUUUAUGAAUACUAGCACAUUAUACAAUUCAUAACAUAUUUUCCCUGACACAUAUGGCAGGGAUGGUUAUAUUGUGAAAGGGUCCUGCAGGUUUUACCUACAUCGCUUAAGUUUCGUUUUGUCUGCUUUAUAACUCUUCCGUAUAACUCUUUGCGCCUGGUUCAUUUGAGGGAGUGUAAUCGUAAACCGUUCAUUUUGUUUCUAGUUACUGACCUAAGAGCUUCAAGUAUCAAGAAUUAUGAAUAGAAGAAACAGGAAUAAUUAUCUCUCUAUAGCCGUUGUGCGCGCAAUUGGACUGGACUUCAUUGAGAUGCUAGAAGAAACCAACAGGAGAUCCAUUACUGACAGAAACACACUCAGAGACAUCUACAAUGAAGAGUUUCGAGAUAGGGACGGCGGUGUCAAAGACCCAAACUUCUCUAGAGUCAUCUUUGCAUUGAGAAACGGAAAUAAAGCCCGUCUUUCCAGAUCAGGAAGACAUGUUUACUUUAACACCAAUGUCCGAGUGAAGCUGCACGAUCAGUGGUUUAGACCUCGUCGAAGACAGCAAAACCAAGCAACUCCUGCUCCAGGUCAUGCUAGCUCAUUGUCAGCUACUAGUGUUCCAGGGCCAGAUGGUGGAGUCAGAGGAAGAAGAAGAUUGGCGAAAGACAUCCUACAGCGACUGAACACUACAGACAGGUCCUUUUUUGUAGCUGAUAAGCAUGGGGUGCAGGUGUCCUCAGAGCUGUAUAUGGAAAGUGGAAAGAUUCGGAUCAGUGUGGAUCGAGCAGAAGUUUAUGAGCUGAAGCUGUUUGUGGAGAACACGGGUCAGGAGGCCGUGUAUUUCACAUACUACACUGCUCUUCACUGGCUGCAGUAUUUCACUCUGGAAGACACCAGAAGAGUCACACGUAACAAUCCACUCCGUCUGGAGCCACGUGAGAAGUAUGUGGUGACUGUGAGAUUCAAAUCUUGUCACGUUGGAGUUUAUUCUGCUACUCUAGCAUUUGAGUUUAAGCAGAACGCCCAGCCCACCACCCGUCCCUUCCACAUUGUGCGCUUCAUUGAAGUGGAGUACAGGACUAAGCUUGCAGCCUUACUGGGUCCUACAGAACCAUACAAACCUCUGAGACUCAACAUCUCUGAACCUGAAAACUGUAAAGUGGACGAGGGAUCUCCACCUGAGGGUUAUGUUCAGAACUUUCUUGAAAAUGUUCUGCCACUGGGGCAAUACACUCCUCCUCCUGACAUCCCUGAACUAGCCAAGCUCCUGAAAGAUGGCUGUUCUUCCCGGAUCCUCAGGGGAAAGUUUCGGGAACUUCAGUCAUUACUGCAGAGUCCGCUAGGCUUCCAUAAUUAUGCAGAACGUUUCGAUUUACUGCUGUAUCUGGAGGAGUGUCAGAUGCAUGUGGAUAUCAAGAGAUACAACAAAGAUCAAGUCACCUUACUCAAAGACUAUGACAAGAGACUAAUGGUCUUAAACCUCCCUGGUGUUUCGGAGAAUAGGCCAUCAGUCCUGAGAGGAGAUCACCUGCUUCUCACCAAGAGUGAGGAGGUCAGUUUCUCAAAUGUGACCAAAUACAAGGGCUACGUCCACAAAGUGGAACUGGAUCGGGUCAAACUGGGCUUCUCUCGAAGAUUCCUUGACCAGGUAUAUCUAGAUAAGAUGAAAUUCCGUGUGGAGUUCACAGUGAAUCGGCUUCCGUUAAGACUGCAACACAGAGCUGUACACAUGGCGGUCCAACACAAGCUCAGAGAUGUGCUGUUCCCUGUAGGCUCAAGGAGCUUGAACCCUGCGUCUCCACCUGCACUGAGGCUCUUUGAUCAGCAGCUUCAGAGGAACCCUGAACAGUACAGUGCAGUAUGUAACAUUGUGGCUGGUACGUCCAAGCCGGCACCGUACUUGGUCUUUGGACCUCCUGGCACUGGUAAAACCGUCACGAUAGUGGAGGCCAUCAAACAGGUGGAGAAGAAUAUACCUGGUGCCUGCAUCCUAGCUUGUGCUCCAUCUAACAGUGCAGCUGAUCAGCUGUGUGAAAAGUUGAUCACUAGUCAACAUGUUGAUGCACGGAAAAUAUACAGACUUUAUGCUAGCUCACGCGAUCCAAAAUAUAUCCCUAAAGUUCUAAAGAAUAUCAGUAAUCUGGAGGGAGAGAUGAUUGUUUUCCCAUGUAAAGAGGAUCUAAUGUGCUACAAGAUCCUGGUCAGCACUCUGGUCACCGCUGGCAGGCUGGUCACUGGUGGUUUUCCUGUAGAUCAUUUUUCUCACAUCUUUGUGGAUGAGGCAGGACAUGCUAUUGAGUCAGAGACCAUCAUCAGUGUGGCAGGUUUGCUGAAUGCAGAGACUGGACAGCUUGUUUUGGCUGGAGAUCCCAAGCAGCUGGGGCCAAUCCUGAGAUCUCCUCUUGCCAUUAAUCAUGGGCUUGAUGUCUCUUUGCUGGAGAGGCUGAUGACACAGAAUGAUCUUUAUAAGAAAGAUGACAUGGAGUUUGACAAACGCUAUGUCACCAAACUUCUUCUGAACUACAGGUCUCAUCCAUCCAUUCUGAAAGUUCCUAAUGAAUUGUUCUAUGAUGGGGAGUUGGUGGCAUGUGCAAAUGAGAUCAGCUCCAACCAAUACUGCACCUGGGAGCACCUUCCCAAAAGAGGAUUUCCUGUGAUUUUCCAUGGAGUGCCUGGGAAGGAUGAGAGGGAGUCAAACAGUCCCUCCUUUUUUAACAUCUUUGAAAUCGAAAUCAUUGUUGACUACCUGAAGAAGCUGCUCCUGACACAGGCCAAGAGGGGAAUCUCUAGAAUCUCCCCCAGAGAUAUUGGCAUCAUUGCCCCCUACAGGAAACAGGUUGAGAAGAUCAGAAGGGCCAUAAAAUCAGACGAAGACCUCGAAAAGUACAUGUGCAUUGAAGAUCUCAAAGUUGGUUCCGUGGAGGAGUUUCAAGGCCAAGAGAGGAAAGUGAUCCUGGUGUCGGCUGUUCGCAGCAGCAAGGAGCACAUCAUUUUGGAUGAAACGUUCAAUAUUGGGUUUCUCAGGAAUGAGAAGAGAUUCAAUGUGGCGGUGACAAGAGCAAAAGCUUUGUUCAUCAUGGUGGGAAACCCCACCAUUCUGCGAACUGAUGAAAGCUGGGGCCGGUUUAUUGACUUCUGCUUUGAGCAGGGUGGUUACACUGGGAUUUCUUUUACCAGUGUAGAGGGAAUAGAGGAGGUUGAAAAGCGUCUGCUUGCUCUUAACAUCCAGGAUGAGAGAAUGGAAUCUGAGGAGAGUGCAGUCCAACAAUAUGUGAAUCCUGAGUGGAGACACGAUUACUAGAAGAGAAGGUCCUUCGACUCAAGCCUGUCAAGCCUUCAGAAGCUAGUAUGGAAAUCCUGGAUCUGUCAAUUUCUAAAUCCAGGCACACACUGUAUGAUUUGUAUGGUCCUUUACAUGUGUUGCUUGUCAGACUGUAACAAAUGAUCCUAGUGGGAUCUUGGGUAAAAAAGCCAUGGCACAAUUUGCAACAUCAAAGAUUCUAAGUCAGACUACAUGAUAAACAUUGUAGUCAAGACUUUGUACAGUGCGAACCUGGCUUAAAUAUGAAUGAAUCUAUAAGUGUAAUUGACCGGUAAGCCCCUCCCCUCGAACGCAGAUGAGCCAAUGGCAGUCGAGUAUCAGUUGCACGGGACGCAGAACUCGGACAGCUGUAGGUUUCAGCGCCAUAGAGAAACACUGGAAGAUCCGAAGCUUUCAUUGGUUUGAUAGUGUUUAUGCUAUGAAAAUGUAAAAACGAUGCGCCAGUGUUACUUGUAACACUGAUUCCAGGUAUCCUGAGAGGAUAGGCAAUUUAAUGUAUGUUAUGACAUGUCCUAAACCCAAACAAAACAGAGCAAAAUUGGUUGAAAAACCAAGCAUUCAACCCCAAUCCCAAUUAAGACAAAAUCGUUUAUUUUCUGGGUAUGCUAUUACAAACCUAAAUAGCGAACUAUUUUCACAUUAUGUACAGUGUAGGGCAAAAAAAAAAAUAAAUAAAUAAAUAAAUAAAAUCCCAUAUAAACCGAAGGUCUACAUUUCACUGUCUUUUCGUAUUAAACUGGUUAAAUGUAAAUUAAUUUAAUCGUACUCUGCGAUAUAUGAACAGUGUUGAUCCGGUGUUCUGUCGAUUUUUCCUACCCUGCCAGAUUUUGCUACCUCCCAUUUAAACAGUGUGUAAGUUAGUAUUACAAUUUGCCAACGAAAAAUGCUACCUGUAAAGUUAUGGUUUAUUAACGUCUACACCUACCACAACCCUAAACCUACCCGUACAGUAAUGCAAAUACAGUAAUUAUGUGUUAUAUUCGCGGUUGUAGCUAGAAGGGACACAGCUACAGGAAACCAACAAUAAAUAUAUAUUUUUUUUCUACAUAUUAGAUUGUGUUUUAUUUAAGUCUACACCUACCCUUGCAGUAAUGCGGAUACAUUAAAUGUUGUUCAGCAUGAGAAAAAGGACACAAUAUUGAUGUCCGCAUGCGCAGUAAACCCUGGUAGGAAAAUCUGACGGGUGAGAUAAAAUGUCAGGACACCUGGAUGUUGUUAUCUGCUAUCGUGACGAACGUAACAUGACACUUCUCUCGCUUGCAUUCUGAUCUGUAAACCCUCGCUUCCAAAUUAAUACCCACAAUAUUUAUUUUAAAAUCUUUAUAUAUCACUGCAUAACAUAACAUACCGAUAGGUCAAUUGUAAAGCUUGCUCGUAACUGCAUUUAAUUUUUUUUUAUCAGAUAAAAUACUUUAAUUUACCUUAAAGAUAUGAGCACAUGGACUGAUUCAUAAACCACUGAUUUUUGAUAAUAUAAUGCUUUUCUUAUUACUACAUUAAGUCUUUUAUUAUUAAAUCACUGACACAUUCAUAUAUUUUCAAAUGAUCUCCAUUUAUGUCAAAAGGAGACGUCUCCUCUAGUGUGUAGUUUUACAGUUUAUGUCUCUCCCUUGUGGCUGUUGGGAGUACUGCUAUAGCCAGCUGAGUUACUCUGGGUCCCAGUGACGUUUGAGCCAUUUCCCUUAUUAUGUACUGUUAGACACCAAAUGCCUACAGACUUGCACUCCUAUCUUUAUCACCUCUGGGUGAAUUAUUAUUUUUUUUUAUAGCAUUUUAUACAGCCUAAGACUGUUAUAUAUACCUGAUUUUGGUAUCUAUCAAGUCAAAAUGUAUAUUUUCUUAGUUAAACAACAAACAAACACUUAAGUUAACUUUAAACCAAUUAGGACUUUCUACUCUUGACUUACUGUCCUCUGAAUCAUGCUGGACACCAAUUAUAGGGACAGUCCUACUGGGGAUUUUUUUUUCUUUUUCCAAGGGCAGCAAAAUAGCUCUUUCUCUCAGUCAACUCUACCUGUAAUUAACCCAGAGAUGUGUGUUCUCAGAUCAGUGUUUUACUCUGAUUCUAUGAUUCAAGAGAUUCAAGAUUUUUAUUAAUUUUAUUAAUUCAUUAUGAGUUAAUGCUUUUCUCUUAAAGGUGACAUUAUCAACAUUGUUGCAAAAUUUCACAGGCAAAAAAAGUCCAUUGUCUAUUAUCAAUAGUGUAGCAAUGUAUGAAGUACUGCUCACACAUAAGUUACUUUUAUACCAGGCAGCUUUCUAUUUUUGUUAGAAUCUGAGCAACCAACCUGAAACUACUGCAAAAUCUGUGUGGGGAAAUCUUUUCGCCCUCAAGCAAAAUUCCAGAUGCAAGUACCUAGGGAAAUGACUGGAUUUUGCCAAUUAAAAAAAAAAUUAAAAAAUUAUUUGCUUAUUGUGA